UUUGUAUGGUUUUAGAGUCGACACCACAAAGAAUUGGUUUUUGUAUUCGAUAAUAGAAAUUCGCGAUUGCUGAGCAUUUGAUAGUUUUUUUUAGGCCUUUGAUUUUGUCUAAAUUUGGUUUGUUUUCAACGACUUUUAUGCACGUUUGUUAUAACUUCCAUUUGAAUAGGUUACUCUUAUAGGUGCUUUAAGAAUCCCAUAACUAUAUCUAUUCUUUAUUGAACUGCUUUCAUUUUCAUUUUUCAUUGAUAUUAUGUCCUCAGAAGGGCAUGAUGACCAAGAUACUUUGAUGGAGGAAAUCUCCUCGCUAGAGUUGAAACGUCAAAACUUAUUAGCAACGCUAAAAGAAUUGGAAGAAAAACGUUUGAAACAGAAGCAUGAUUUGCCAGAUCCAAUCAAGUUAUUUACACAACCACCCUUUCAAGUUCCUUCGCUCAACUUUGAACGUCUCUCAGGAGUUUCCUUCUUCAUUCCACACGAUCCAGAAGAACAAUCUAGGAAAAGGAUGCUUGUAAAGAAUCCAAAGACUCUUCAAAUUUGUCCUGCUCCUUUGAUUCCUCUCUUGGGUGCUCGUUUCGAUUUCAUGAUGCAUCCCAUGCAAACCAUGUUUCCUUCUGAGAACCCAGAUGCUUCCUUCCAAUAUGCAUCCCUCAAUGGAAAUGCAUUUGAAGCUCCCCAUUACAUUAUUUUUCGUGUUUUCGAAGAUGCACUUUCAAUUUACAAAUACACCCUCCCCAACUUUUUCCGUCUAGAUAUUUGGGCAGACGAGUACUUGGCCUCGAAUCAGCCAGAUAGACUGCGUUUAUUUCUAUGGAGAGUUCACAAACUAUUAACUGCUCAUGCUUGUCGAAAAAACUUACUUUCUCAACUCAAUAACACUUUUCAAGAGAAUUCUUCCAUACAAAUCUCUGCCGACUUAAGUUACACCCACUUGGAAAUCGACAUCAAAGAAAAAUGGAAAGCUAGAUUUUUUUGCUUUAUGGACUCUACUCGUAUUCAGCGGUGCCAAAUCUAUGAAUACAAUCAUACAUGGCAUCGAGAUUACAUUAUGGAAGCAAGUCUCAUUUCUGAGGAUGGAUGGUUAGACAUUUUACAAAGGAAAAUUAUAAAAAUCAUCUAGUACCAGUAAAUACUCCUUUUAUUGAUAGUAUUACUAUUUUCCAGCCGCUGCUCCCCUUAAACAUAUGGUUUUUCUGUGCACAGCCAACCUGUUGUCUCACUGAACACUGAAGCUGCGCUUUCACAAAUUAAGAGUUUUUUCUACAUUUUUGUCUCACUUCAGUUUUCGUCUUGGUUUCAGUCGCUUUGCAACCUGUGUUUCCAAUUGGUCCUUGAUCCUAUCCAUUCGCCUUUGAUUUUCAGCGAAAUACUCUAAUGUCCUUUUUAUAAGCCAUGUCAUAUACUCCUUUGUUACAAAUAGCUGAAUCCUUUCUGAAGCAUCUACAACUCCAAUUGGAACGUCAAUCUUUAGGCUCGUCCUGAUUGCUACGAUAUAUUUGUUGGUGCUUCCCUGAAUCCCUGUUUCUCGAAAUCCACAGCUCAUUGCUACUCGUUGUAAGUGCUGAGCUGUCUCCAGGGAUCGAGUUUGGACAUGUAAUAUCAUCGGCUCAAAAGAAAAUUGAAUCUCUCUGGAUCCUUCUGAUGGUGACUCAGGCAAUUUUCCAUACUCUACAGAUUCCGUAUUAAGGGGAGCAGGUAAAUCUGUGCAUGGUUCGUGAGAUACAAAAAGCCAGUAACCACCUCCCUUCCUAGAGGUUAAUCCUUGUACAUAGAUAGAAAUUCUUCCAGAACAUGAACUUGAGGUUACCCAGUCUGGGUGUGAGUUUAUUACAUCUAGUAAAGGAAAAAUAGGGCUAUCUGGAUUUCCUUUAGGAGAAGCAUCCGGCAAAGAAGAAGCCAGUCCUUUCAAAAUUUCUUCUUUUUGAAUAUCAAAUGUUUCUAAUUCAC